AUGGCGAUGUCUUCUACAGCAGUAGCUGGAGCGUCUUUGAUGAUAUUUGGUCUUGGCGAUGUUGCCAUUUCAAUUCUUGUCACAGUUGAUAUCAACAGUACGAUUCGUUAUUAUGGUUCGAUAAGUUUUUUAUUGAUGAUUUCUUCAGUAUUAGGAACGUCGAUGAUACUAGGUGGCCUUAUGUGCAUCAUUCAGCAUCGAUUUCACAAGGGAAUGGCGAAACAAUCUCUACAACUGUCUGAUUUUGGUGAGCAACGUCGAGAACAAGAUGAACCGUUAGAUGCCGGUGGCCGUGUUGAAACAGCAGAAAGUCUUGCAGAUGUUUUCAUCUUGCAGGGACUUUACGCUACACAGACGUGCCUGACUGGAAUAUUUCUGUUGCUAGCUGCUGGAUGUGGUUAUUUACAUGAAAUUAGACACAUCAAUGGCGCAGCAGCCUGGUCUUGUGUCUUUUUUUACAUUAGUCGAUUAAUAUCUAUUGCUGCAAUUGGGAUAAAUAUUACAAUUUUCACAAAUGUCCGCGCAACAUAUCUAAAUUAUCAUUUCAGCGCCCUUGCAGUUUUUAUACUUUCAACGAUUUUUAUGGCAACUGGAUUUCUAUUAUCGGUUUAUGCUGCAUAUGUAUUUAAACUUCGAAUUAAUAAGCAAACAGUGCAUAUUUGCCCAAUUUGUUUAAAUGCAAGCAACUCUUCGCUUCAACUAGUCUUUGUUUGGACCGGCCAUUUUCAAUUCCUUUCAGGCCUGGCACUAUGGACCGUAGGCCUGGCUGCUAUGAUUUUCAAUAUAUUUGAGCAUUCCUCUCUACAUACUUUCUAUUUAGCGAGUUUGUUACUAACAACUUCAAGAUUUGCGUCUGCAACGAAUAAAAAUCAGUCUGAGGCACAGGAUGUAGAAGAAUUAGUCGAAAGCAAUAUGCCAGACUGUACAACAUCAGAUGAUAAGGAUAUGGGAAAUGAUAACUAG